CUUGACUGGGGUCGGUUGGCGCUAAAUUUAAACGUGCGCGAAGCAUGACGGGCGACGCGCUGCCCGAGCCCGUCGUCAUUACGAUCGACGACUUUGAUGAGGACGCGAGCAGCGACGGCGAGCUGCUCAACAGUCCCCGGUCUCUCGAGGCGUGCUGCGAGGUGGGCGUGACACCGGCCGAGCUCCUUCGCCGACCGCUCUCGUACUUUGAGCGGCCCCACGACGCGGCCUCGUUGACGUUGAAACGAGCCGAGCGCUAUGAGCGGCACCGCGAACAGCUUUUAGGCCAAGUGCGCGACGUGCGGCGAGCGCUGUUGCAGACGAAGAAGCUGUUGCCGUCGUCACCGGGCAAAAGCAUGAUCGUCGCGAGCCAUUCGCUGAGCCCGUCCAAGAAGACCCGGAUCUAUGCGUCGUUGCCGACAGAGCAUGCGACCAAUGGCGGCAUCUUUGAGUCGACCAUGCUCGAGACCGAGCGCCGCCGCUUGGAGAAGAUCCAGCAGCGCCAGCUCAUGGAGAUGCAGCAGCUCAUGCACAUGGAGAUGAAGCGCGCCGAGAUGGACGCCGCCAUGCAGCAAGCUGCCGAGACGCGCAAGAAGCGAGACGAAGCCAUCGAGCGGGACAAGGCGCGGCGCGCCAAAGACGCCGACGACGCACGCCGCCGCCGCGAGGCUGAAAAGGCGGCGCAGGAGGCCGACGCCAUCUUGCAACAGAAGCGGCUCGCUCAAAAGGACUAUGAAGAGACGCAGCGCCGCAAAGCCUUUGAAAUCCAAGAGGCCAAAGCGCGCAAGGCGGAAGCGGCGCAUCGCGAGCGUGAGCGGCAGCGCAAGCAAGACGAGCACCACGAAAUGACCCAAGAGAUUCUCACCGAACUCCAGCAGCAGGCCAUGGCGCGGACGCAAGACAUGAACGUGCGCGAGCAACGGCGGCGCGAGAAGCUCGAGAAGGCGCGUGACGACCGCGCCCGGCAGGUGCACGAAAAGGCCCAGCGCAACAAAGCGCGCAUUGAGCACGUCCUCAGUGACAAGGAGCGGCUGGCCGAGGAGCAACGCCUGGCCCUCGAGCGACGACAGGCCGAGAGCGAGCGCCGUCGCCAGCAGCACGAGCAUGACAUGCAGCUGCGCAAGCAGGAGCAAGCCGAGCUCGAAGAAGCGCGGCGCGCAAUGGAGGCUGAGAUUCGCGACAACCAGCGGCUCGCCGAAGAAGAGAGGCGGCGAAAGCUCCUGGAUGCCGAGACCGAAGCCGAGUACCGACUACGCAAGCGCGAAGAAGCCAAGGAGCGCGAGCGCAAGGAAAAGCAAAAGGAAGACGAGCGCCGGCAAGACGAGCGGGCCCGCGUCGCCGCACGCAUGCGGGAGGUCGAGGAGGUCCGGGCCACCACCGUGCUGCACAAGACAGUGGAGAAGGGCCGGCGAACCGAAACCGUCCAGGAGAAGCGCCGGGCCGAGCUCCGCAACAAGCUCGAGGACGCAAAGCUCCGGGAAGAAGAGAUUGCACGCGCGCUGGAGCGACAAGCCCGAAAAGACGACUACCACCGUAGUCUUCUCCAAGCCAAGCUCCAAGCCGACCACGAACGCGCCGAGGCGCUGCGACGACAGAAGAACACACUUCUCAAGCAGCGCCAAAUCGCACAGCAAAAAGCAAACGUGCAGCGACACGAGAUCCUCGAUAGCUUCCACCGCAUGAAGGUCACCAAGAAAUUCGACCUGAGUAAACUCGCGUCCAAGAACGGCAUCGACCUCUCCGUGCACCAGAGCCAGAGAGUACCGACAACAACCAGUGACGACAUUGUCAAGUCGCUCGAUGGCCGACCACCAAGUGCCAGCGCACCCAACCGGAUACCGGUGCGGCCCAAGCGACCCGCCACUGCCAAGGCGCGCAAGCCCCCGCCGGCUACGGCCUCGUCGACCUGUCGGGAGCGGUAUAUCAGCCGCCGCAUCUCGCGGUACCCGCGGCACGAAGCUGCCGCGCCGUCGUCACCGCCGCCGAUCACGAGCGUGCCGCUGGAAGUCUCCAACGAAGACGCAGUCCGCGAUCAACUCGACCAGUUUCGUCGGCGGCAGAACCAAGAGCUGCUCCACGUGCUCGAGGAAGAGCAAGCGGCGGAGGAGCAGCGCGAGAUCAUCUUGCGCAACGCGGCCGACGCGUCCGAGCGCCGGCGACUCGAACGAAUCUUUGGUGUCGAGCGCAACAUGGCAAGCGAACGCAUCAUGCGCCUCACCGAAGAACACGAGAUCAUGUUCACACAGCGCAUGGCCGACCUCAACGUCCACUGCUCCUCGAGUAGCUAGCUAGCUAGUUGUACAUACAAACCACGCUCUUCUUCCAGCAGCCAAAACUCGUCACCACGCAGCACGAUCAAGUAGUAUAAUCUGUCGUGGGGAAGCUAAAACAGUGCCUACUAGUGCA